CUGCCUGUUUACUAGGAGGUCUCGGGCGCUCGGGGUUAUGAUGUUAGAGCACGACCGGGGGAGGGUAGGCCAGGGAGCAUUGUGCUGGCUGGAGACACCGAGGAAGCGGCAGCUCCAGCGGGCGAGACGCAAAGUACAGUCGCAGCCAGCCUGAAAUGUAGCAGGUCCACAGUGUUGAUGAGGAGAUCCUUGGGUUCAGAAGUUGGCUGGAACACGAUGCCCUCCCCCAUACUUGGCUCUGGAAAGUUGUAAGUUGCUCAUGUCUAUAAAGAGGAAGGAUGGCUCAUGGAAUUCCUUCACAAGGCAAAGUUACCAUAACAGUGGAUGAAUACAGUUCAAAUCCAACCCAAGCAUUUACACACUACAACAUUAACCAGAGCAGGUUCCAGCCUCCACAUGUACACAUGGUCGACCCUAUCCCAUAUGACACUCCAAAACCAGCGGGCCACACGCGAUUUGUCUGCAUCUCAGACACACACUCCAGAACAGAUGGCAUCCAGAUGCCUUAUGGGGACAUCCUUCUCCACACAGGCGAUUUCACCGAGCUGGGACUGCCCUCAGAGGUUAAGAAGUUUAAUGACUGGUUAGGAAACCUGCCAUAUGAAUAUAAAAUAGUGAUUGCUGGGAAUCAUGAACUGACAUUCGAUAAGGAAUUCAUGGCAGACCUUGUUAAACAGGAUUACUACCGCUUUCCUUCUGUGUCCAAAUUGAAACCAGAGGACUUUGACAAUGUUCAGUCACUCCUGACAAAUAGUAUUUACUUGCAAGACUCAGAGGUAACAGUUAAAGGAUUCCGAAUAUACGGUGCUCCUUGGACACCAUGGUUUAAUGGAUGGGGAUUUAACCUACCCAGAGGUCAGUCUUUGCUAGACAAGUGGAACCUUAUACCUGAGGGCAUUGAUAUACUAAUGACUCAUGGACCUCCCCUUGGUUUUCGAGACUGGGUUCCAAAGGAACUGCAGAGAGUUGGCUGUGUGGAACUGUUAAACACAGUGCAGCGGCGAGUACGGCCCAAGCUCCAUGUCUUUGGUGGAAUUCAUGAAGGUUAUGGCAUUAUGACGGACGGUUACACAACGUAUAUCAAUGCUUCAACAUGUACAGUCAGCUUUCAACCAACCAAUCCUCCAAUUAUAUUUGACCUUCCAACCCCUCAAGGAUCAUGAAGCACUACUGCACAGCUGGAACUGGGGAAGGUCUAUUAACUGCCAUUUUCUAAUUAUAAAACUUACAUUCUCUUACAUGUUUAUUUCCAAAUUAUGUGGGGUUUUUUGUAAAUUGCUGGUACAAAAAAAGAAAAAGAUAGAGGUUGUGCUUUUUGGAAAUGCAGCAUCCAUUUUAAAUUGAUCAAGCAUUGUGAAUUUGUAAAAUGACCUUUUUUGUUGUUUUGGGUUUUUUUAGUAAACUUGCCAUUGUAAAUUGUAAUAGUGUUCUCAAAAGGACAGCCAAGCUUUCUUUUAAUAAGUAAGAGACCUUAUUUUAAUAUUAUAUUAUAAGCUAAAAAGGCAGCAUUUUAAAAACACCCAAAUUUGCACAACUUAUGUUAUUGUUUGAAUUUGUUUUAUAAUGUAAUUUUUUUCUAGUCCUAAACAUAUGCUUCUUCUCUCCUGCCCUCCCAUUUAUAGCACACCUUUUUUAGUAAUGUAAACAAGAUGAGGGGAUCUAUUUUGCCCCUUGGUGUGUGUGCAUGUACUGUAACUCCCUCCUAUUAACAGUAAUGUGCAACAAGGGGAGAAUAGACUUCAUACUUGUUUGUCUCUGCCUACUUUAUACCUUAAAGACUGAUAAUAGAUAGCUGCAGCCUGUAUGUAAGUAUCUACCUUUUUAUUGUUUUGUUUGUUUUUUUAAAUUAUUUUAGCUUUAAAAAUAUGGGAAUGAAAGCUGCAAAGAGCAGGUGUUUCAUGCAGUAAAAAAAUGUAAAUGCGGACUCCUUUUAAAUAUGAAUUUAUAUAUAUAUGUAUUUUUUGUGCAUUAUAACUAAGCUAGGAAUUUAAUAUUGUCAGUAUAGCAUCUGCAAAAUUAUACUGUACAGCACAUCUAAAUUAUGAAGGAUGUGACACAUUUUCCAAGUGCUCAAGGCCUUCAAGAGCUUGAGUUAAAUCUUUGUGCAGUUUCAGGCAUGUAUAGAAUCAAAUGGAUACAAUCAAGCCUCACUAAAAUAAGGCUUAGUUGUCCUUUAUAUUUAAAUAUUCUUGAAUUGUCUUUCAAAUUUUCUUUUUUUUUCUUAUUUUGCACUGUGUGUAAAUGCAAUCUUGCUAGCACAAAAUAUUGUUGCAGAUAGUUAUUUCUGUUCUACCACUGUAAAUGCUAUUGAGCUUUGUUCUGUUUUAUGUUACCUUGUUAAUGGAAUUUAGAAAAGCAGUUGUUUCUUUAAAUUUAUUGUGAUAUAAUAUCUAGCAGCCUUUAUAUGCAAAUAAAAUUGCAAGAUUUUUAAAAUG